AUGGGUUCUCCGACCCAGAUAGCCGUCAACAAUAGCGGCGGUGGCGGCGGCGGCGGCGGAGGAGGAGGUGGUGGCGGUGGCCCUGUGAACUUGGUGACAGUGGUCGCGGCCUCUUCCUCCUCCUUGGUCUCGGUGGCAGCUGUCGGCGCGUCGUCGUCGUCGUCUUCCCCUCCCUCGCUGAGCCGCUACGAGUCGCAGAAGCGGCGGGACUGGAACACGUUCGGGCAGUACCUGCGGAACCACCGGCCGCCGCUGUCGCUUUCGCACUGCAGCAGCGCGCACGUACUUGAGUUCCUGCGGUACCUGGACCAGUUCGGGAAGACGAAGAUCCACACCCACGUGUGCCCCUUCUUCGGCCACCCCAACCCGCCGGCACCCUGCCCCUGCCCGCUCCGCCAAGCCUGGGGCAGCCUCGACGCCCUCAUCGGCCGCCUCCGCGCCGCCUACGAGGAGAACGGCGGCAAGCCGGAGACCAACCCCUUCGCCGCCCGCGCCGUCCGCCUCUACCUCCGCGAAGUCCGCGAGCUCCAGUCCCGUGCCCGCGGAAUCAGCUACGAGAAGAAGAAACGCAAGAAACAACAGCAGCAGCAGCAGCAUCAAGACCCUCCGCCGCCGCCCCCUGCGCCGGCAGCUGCCUGAUCGAUCGCCAAUCUACGCUAAGACGACUCCCCUGAAUUCAUCCUAUUAAUUAAAUAUUCAAGUAGCUUGUGUGUGACCUUGAAUCACUUAAUUAUCAUUAGUUUAUGUUCUCUUUC